GUGUGUGUGUUUAUUUUUUUAGCGGAAAAAUUAAUUGUAAAUAUAGAUUUUAAUAAAUUUAAAAUAAAUCAAAAAUAAAUAAAAAUUAUGAUUAACAAUAAUGAAGAAACUAAUUUUGAACCAAAAGCUAUAACUAAAACAAAAAGCGAAAAUCCUAUUUCUAUAACAGGUGCAAUGGCGGUAAAAAUGAAAAAGUCUUCCUUUGCUUUAAAGGAACAAAAUAGUGGCAAUAUAUUAACUGUUCAUCAUACAAUUAAGGAAAAUAAUAAAAUGUUACGUAUUGUUUUAAAUGUUUGUUGUUUCGAUAUGCGUGGAACACAGAUGUUGGCCAUUGAUAGAAGGGGUUGUAUUUUUGUUUUUAAUUUUACUACCAAACGCUAUUGGCGCCACAAUGAGAGAGUACAAAAACCCAGUGUGGCUAUAGCUUCUAGAAAGGAGUAUAAUCAAUAUGUGGUAGGCACCAAAGAGGGUAUUCUUGUGCUUUUAGAUGUGGAAAUUUCCAAUUUCCUUAAACAAAGUAAAAUUUCCGAAGAACCCAUUGGUGAAAUAACAUUUCCUGGCCAACCAUUAGAACCUAAAAAUCUCGCUCUUAUACGAAGUGGACAUUCAGCUCUACUCAUCGAUUUGGAUACCUUCAAUUGUUCUUAUCGUUUGGAUUUCGAUAAAGUUGUAAUGUCUUUAAAAUUCGCUUCAUUUCUAUCAAAUUCCGAACAUAUAAUGACAGCUUUUACCAACGAUACUUUACACAUUUGGUCUGGUGUUACAUUGGAAGUGGUGCGCAUAGUUUAUCCUCUUAAAUUAAGAGAUAAAAAAUUGUUAACACAGGAGCAAACAGAUGUAUUAGAAUUUUCAUUAGCUACUGCUUUAGAGGAAACUGCAUCCAAGGAAAGCCAAUGUUUUCCUAAAUAUAAUAAAAAUCUCACAGAUGGUUGUAUAGCCGCUUAUGCCUUUAAAAAUGAUGGCUCAUCUUUAAUAUUAUCAACCUGGGAUAAUUUUUUAAUAACAUUAAGUUGUUAUACCUUUGAACUGAUACGUUUGUAUCGUUUAAAGGAUUUUAUUUUAGUGCAAUUGGCCAUUUUGGCUAAACCUAAUGACGCAUAUGUAGUUGGUUUGACAAAUCACAAAAUGAUUGUAUUAUUGGAUUGUGAGCAGGUGGAAUAUAAAUUAAUUGUGGACUUAGGGCCCUCACGUUAUUUUACGAUUUCUUUAGAUAGCAAAUAUCUAGCGGUUUCCCAAGUAACGGGCGAAUUAAGUGUAUGGUCGUUGGGACAUUUAUUGGCUGUUUUAAAAUCACAAAAGAAUUGUAUGUCUUUACUUAGGAGCGCCUUUAAACAAAAGAAACCAGUAAAAUUGCUGGAAAAUGUAAAUGAUUGUCAAUUUCAAGAAGAACUUAAGAAACUAUUAACACCUCAACGUUUACAACAAAUUUUACAAGAAUAUCAUUGUUAUCCAGCCAAAUAUCGUGCGUUAAUCUGGUGUUCUUUAUUAAAAUUACCCCAUAAUCGUUUACAAUACCAAGAACUUUUAAAAAUGGGUGUCCCCUCAGCUGUUAACCAGCAAGCGAAAAGUAUACAAUUAAAAAAUAACACUUUAAAAAGAUCUUUAAGCAAAUGUUGGUCUUGUCUAGCUCAGUGGUGUAAAGUUCUAGCUCACAGCGAAAUAUUGCCAGGUCUUAUAUUUCCCUUUGUGAAAAUGUUUCAACAAAAUCCUUUGACCGCCUUUGAAGUUUGCUGCACUUUAAUACAAAACCAUUUUCAAUUAUUUUUCGAAUAUCAUCCUCUAGAGCCCAAAAACUAUUUGGGUUUGUGUACAAAUCUUCUGCAGCACUUUGAUCAACAACUUUAUGAAUUUUAUCAAGCAAAAGAUAUAACAGCCACAACAUUUGCCUGGUCCUUGCUGAAAAAUGCCUUUUCAGAGGUCUUAGACGAGGACCAGUGGCAGCAAUUAUGGGAUAAUGCCAUCUCAGGUCCUGCUUACUUUCUUUGUUUUGUGGUGGUUUCAUAUAGUAUUUUACAAAAAGAACUCAUCAUCCGACUGCCGGAUAAAAAUGUUAUAGAAAUAUUUUUCCAAGAACAAAAUCCCAUAGAUGUUAAUAGAUUAAUUUCCAAAGCUUUCAAAUUAUUAAACAAAUGUCCUGCUGACCUACAUCCUCAAAAAUACUUUUCUGAUUUCCAAGCCAUACCUCCCAAUGUUUAUCCGAAAUUCUUAAAAUAUCCCCAAAAAUGCCUAAACAAAUAUGAAGAAAAAGUAGAAGAUUUACAAAGUGUAAACUCAGCUUUAAAUGCUCGUAUGCGUGAGUUGGAAUUGGAAGAAUUAAAACUAAUACAGCGCCUAGAGAAUGGUUUGCGUCAAGAGGAACAUGCCAAAAGAAUGAAAGAUAUUGAGGCGUAUUAUCAGAACACACUUAAACGUGAAGAGGAACGCCUUAAUUGUCAGCGUAAAAUGUUGCUGUUAUAUCAGAAAGAAAUUCGACAGCGUAAAGGUGAAGUAGCGGCUGUACUUCAGGAUUCAACAAAACGCAAGGCAAUUUUACAUAAAGAACGUGAAUUACAGUCUUUACAAAAUCACAUAGAAAAUGAGCGUAUGCGCAAUGAUUUAAAUCUAAUGUGGGCCGAAGAGGAAUUAUAUAAUCAAGACAUGGAGUUGUUGUCUCAAAAAUAUUUGGAACAAUCUGUAACGCAACCUUUAAAUAGCAAAUAUUAUGAUGAAAUUAAAACACUUUGCCAAGAGCAAGAGUUGUUAGACAAUGAGCUUAAAAUGAUCUACCUUUCUACUCCUCAAACUACUAGCGAAAUCAACCAAUCACCUAGUCAUCAAUAUUUAGAUGAUAUUGAACAAAAAUUGGAUAGAAUACAAAAUGAAUUUAAAAUGCUUACAACAUAAAAUUAUUAAUAAAUAAAAUGACUUGCCAUGCAUUUGAAUGAAAUAAAUGAAUAAGGAAAACGCCCAUCAAAUGUUUUUAGUAGCGUCUAAAGCAUUCUUUAUUUAAAUUUACCAUCAU